UCCACUUCUCGAGAGGUCUAGGACUUAUCCUCCCCUCGUUUCGAAGGGUGAGGGUGGGGGCGCGCGUACCGAGCGAGCGGGCGAAGCGGCGAGGUGGGUGACUGGGACUCUGGGAGAGAUGCCGGGCGGCAGGAGGAGGGGCCCCCUGUGGAGCCUCCCGGUGGCGAGGUCGGACGCGCUCGGCAAGCUGGGCCCGGCCUUCGGCAUCGGCGCCGGCUGCGGCGUGGGCAUCGGCUUCGGCCUCGUCGGAGGUGCAGGAAUUGGAGCUGGAUUCCCUGGUUUACAAUUGGGAUUUGGAGCUGGUGCUGGAUGUGGAAUAGGAAUAGGUUUUGGCUAUGGUUUCGGAAAAGGCGUUGCAUAUGAUGAAAGUGGGAGAUAUUCAAACAUCAGGAGACCAUUCCAGAACUCCAGAAGCCUUGCUUACGACGAGCAGUUCGACAUCAUGUUUGAUGAACUGAUGGAGAGCACCAGGAAGCUGAUCAAAGCAACAUCCAAGGAGCUCGACAAGUGGAGGCGGAUGUAGGGCAAGCGGCACACAUAGGAACUGCAUAUAUUCAGAACCAGAAGGCCUCGGAGGCACACUGCACGUGCCCCUGCGGGAACUGAACUGACCUUUUGCUCGCUCGCUGUUAGCGGCGAAUAUCUUGAGCGAUUCAUGAGAUAUGCUGCCCGAUACUCCUGGCCUGUUUGGUGCUCGAACCGAUUACUUUUUCAGCCAUGUGCUGGGAUGCGACACCAUGUGAUAUUUCAAUUCACCCACGACGUCGCCGUCGAUGGUACCCCUUUUGCGCGCUUCUGGAGAGCGACAAUUCGCAUCGAAA